AUGGCAGCAGAUUUGCAGAUGGUGGAUGAUGUGCGGAUUGACCCAGACAGGCUGUUUAAAUAUGUUUUAAUCCAGGUUUGGCAGGACAACGGGAGUAGCCGAGAGAAGAACAUCAUGCGGGGCUGGGCCACGGCAGAGUAUCAUGCUGAUAUCUACGAUCAGGUGUCUACUUGGAUUGAGAAACAUGUUCUGCAUUGUGAGUGCCAGGGCAGUGAUCAAAUUAACCACAAUGGUGCAGAGAAGAAGAUCCACGUGUAUGGAUACUCCAUGGGCUUUGGCCAGGCAAAGCACAAAGUAACAACAGCGAUCCUGAAAUCCAGGUACCCAGACAAGUGUGACCUGGGCAAAUGA